CAAAGUGACACUAUCACUCUCUCUACUUCUCUCUUUCUCUCUCUCUCAUCUCUCUGAAUCACUCUCUUUUUGAGUUGAAUCUCCACAAACUUAUAAUCAAAUACACAAGAAACACACACAAAAAUUCGACCAAUUCAUCUGAAUCUGAGUCCAAAACUCCCAGCAGAAGCACACAAUAUUCAUGGAGGAGAAGUGGAAGCUGUCGAAGAAAGAGACAACAUCUUCUUCUUCCUCUAAGUCAAAGUUCUCAAGAAGCUUCUCAACAAGUGCUUCAUCUGCUAAAUCUCCACUAUUCGCAAGGAGUUCCUCUACUAAAUGCUCUGUUCCUUUAUCCUCAUCUUCCUCAUCUUCAAUCUCUAGAAGCUUCUCAAGAAAAGAGAGAAAAUCGUCUUCCUCUCCACCUUCUUCUAUCACUCGAAAAUACAGCAGCUUGGCUAAAGAACAAAAGGCAAGGUUUUACAUCAUGAGAAGGGGCGUUGGAUUUGUCAGAGUCAACAUUUAGGAAAAUCUGAGGGUGGAGGGAGCUUCUGAUUUGGAACAUGGUCAGACCCCAACUCAAAUGAAUCUCAAUGUGAAUACAUGAGCCAUACACCUGACCCCAUCAAACAACGAUUAAAAACACAUAUAAUUUGAAAUUUACGUUAACCACUAAAAUUAGGAAAAUUUGUUAAAAUAAAACAGAUUCAUGUUGAGUUUGUCCCAAUAAGACUUUAGUCAUUAGAAAUUAGAGGAUUAGAGCUUAGAUUAAUAAUACAAUUUUAAUCCUAGGAAAAUCGAAUUACUAGGUCAACUAAAAAGAAAAUAUUAUUUUCUUUACAUUUUGUACAAUUUAAAUACCAUUUAUUACAUAUGCUGAUAUGCGAGAAAGCGUUGAUGGAACGAAGACAAAGCUACCAAGCUUCUAUAUAUGUCUGGUUUAAGGAGCACUUAGAAGCCAACGAGUCAGACUACAAGAACCUCUAAUAUAUCACAUCGCUUGCGAAGUGUGAAUAAUGCUGUAGCCAGAACUUUGAAUCUUGAUUCUUGAGUCACAGACUCACAAGGAAGCAGUUCUCCUGAUGAUAAGAUUGCUUUGGUCAGGUCACGUCCACCAUUACCGUCUCGUCCUGUGAGAUCAGCUGGGUUUCGAGAAGCCAAGAGAGUGUAAGAGAGCGCCAGUGAAGAUGGCGAGUAUGAAACCAACUUUGUUGGAUCAAGGAACCGAGACAUGGGAUGAAGAGAGUGGAAACACACGGUCUGGAAGACUGGAACAAGCUUGGAAGAUGAAGAGCAAGUUUGAUGACUACACCUAAGAACAAAGGUGGGCAGUGUCAUAGAAGAAAAAGCAGUAGACGUCAAGGUGGUGUCAAGUUUCCAAAAGGAAGGCGGGUUAAGUUAGGGAAAAUAUCUUUUUUUGUGUAAUUAAGGAUUAAGAACAUGAUGAAAACUAGUCUCAUAAGUAGAUAAUAGCAAGGAAAGAAACAGAACUAUAAACCCUUAACAACCAGGCCAUAAAUGCGUCUCCAAAGAAAGUACUUCUUCAAUGUUGUAUAAUAAUAAGAGGGGACUAAAACAAGUCCACGUUCAUAUGUUUUCAAAACAGAUUCAGCUUCUUUCUGACGUGAAGCAAUGGUAGAGUUUGCCAUGAAAACAUUGUUUUAAGCUUAUUUCUAGCUUCUUA